GCAAAUGGGCUUCAGAGGACGUGCGUCACAGCUAAAUUACUGUUAUUUUCUUUUUUUUCUACAAAACUCAGUUGAUGUGGAGGGAAAUCUUGUGCAAUAUGUUUUCUCGUGCUCACACAAAGCAAAAAGGGGAAUUUCGAGACAAGAGGACAGAUUUAAGCAGAUCAACAAGUACUGAAGAGGAUUGCUAUCAGAUGGACUAAACUGCUUUGAGAGUUUGAAGAUAAGUCUGGGAACAAACGUCUGAUCUUACAAACAGUAAUCUGGUGUUGUUCUCAUGGAAAUCUACAAAAAAAUCUCAUCUGGAAACCUUAGCAGAUGGAGUAUUUUUUAUUUUCUUUCUGUGUUUGUAAUAGUAAAUGAAGUGUCUCUGCAGGAGAUUGUCUCUGUUGAGGGUUUUAUUGGAGGUUCUGCUGUUUUACCUUGUUCUUCUGAAGAACCUCUGAAUACAAUUCAAGACAUUGAUCUAGUGCGCUGGAGAAUCAACAAAGACCAGUAUGUGUAUGACAUUAUUAAGAGUCAAGUCUCUGUGGAAGAACAGGAUCCACAGUACAGGAACAGAGUUGAAAGCUUUCCUGAGGAGUUUAAGAGAGGAAACUUCUCCAUCAAACUCAACGAUCUUCAACACACUGAUGCAGGAGAAUACCAGUGCUACAUCUUCAUGAAGGAAUCAGUACACAAGAGAGUUGAACUUUCGAUAAAAGAAAGACCAGAAAGACAACUCCCCAGCGAAGGAACAAACCCAAAACCAGAGAUGAUUGUUUUGUUCAUUUCUCUUCUGUGCACUGGCAUUAUAUUUUCAUUGACUAAUUCUGUCACAGCGGGUUUUUAAGGAGUUUUAGUCAUCGCUCACUUCGACUAUACGUCAUCUACACAGGUCUCUAGAAACAUCUGUAUAUCAUCUGUAGAUAUUAAUUAGUUGUUGUUCACAUCUUCUUAAAUCUGUGAAGCCCAUCUAAACCUUCUGCACAGCGGUGCAAAUACCAGCAUGCACUAAACAUGUAAAAGCUCUGUCUGUUCUUGAUGAGCUUGUUGUGAUGGAGGCAGACAUCACUGAUCUCUGGUGCCCGUGUUACAGUGAUGAGAGAACUAUUUUACUAUUUUAAAACCACUAAAUUAUAAUUGAAGUAUACAAAAGGCUGUGAAAAUAUUUUAUUGUGAAUCAAUCCCAGGCCUCAUGUGACGUGCUGUAAAAAAUACAACUUGUAUGUUUCAUUACAAUCACUAGGACUAAUUUCUUAAUACUCGAGGCACUUUUUCAAAACCCUCCACCAUUUCUCCUUAUAAACAAUUUCAGUUUGGCACAGUAGCUAAUUUCACUCAAAUGCACGAAAACUAUGAAAACACUACAUACUUUGUCCCAAAUCAAAUCAUUCAUGAGUUCAUUAUAAAUGGCCUGUCCAGAAACCAAUGGUAGUAGUCAUGUAUAGAUAAACAUUGCAUCACUCUAAAACAGAAAAUACUGUAAUGUGCACUUAUUCAUUUAGCAGAUGCUUUUAUCUGAAAAACAACAAACGAUUCCUCAUAAAGAGGCAAAUAAACUCAAGAAGUGCGCAUAAUACAAAGUUUCAGAUAUUGUUUAGAAUAGUACAAGAUAAAAA